CAAGUUUGUGUUUUCUCUUUUCUCCCAUCCUCUUCUCUAUACCUAUUUGUUUUGGUGACUAUCCACGUUGACGUGGCACAUUCGUUUUAUUUCACCUUUCUUAUUACAACCUCAGCAGUGCUGGACUAAUUCUUUCCUUUUGAGAAAAACAGUCGACUUUUGAGUACGUUUUGUGCAGGACACUUGGCAUACAGAAAAUAACUAGUAAUUGUAAGAGAAGGGAACAUCAAUUCAAGGAGCAGAUACAACACAGACAGACAACAUGCAGUCUAUCUCGAUAAUCAUGGCCCUGAGCAGCCUCGCCGCUGCGGGCCCCGUUUUCAGGCGUCAAGAGCAGGUCGGCCAGCCUCUUCCCAAUGGUCCCUUUGCUUUCACGUCAACCUACAACCUGGUUGCCACUCCGGACAAGGUCAUCAACAACGACGGGCAGGUUGCUCCUGGCGAGGCUGGAGCUAUUGGCUUUUACAACUACGGCAUCAACGUCGACCUCGACAUCAUCUGCUACAACAUCACCUUGAUGGGCGUUACAGGUCCUUACCAGUCCCCGGCAACGACGGCAACACACAUCCACGAGGCAGCCGAGGGUGCCGCCGGCCCACCCCGCAUCUCAUUCCCCAACCCCGAGCCUGCCGACUCCGGUCCCGAAGUCGUCAAGCGCUCAUCCGGCUGCCUGACUGGCCCCUUCACCACCGGCAUCCAAGCCAACGGCCAGGACACCGGCACGGGUUUCACCCUGCGCCAGAUCGAGGCUAACCCUGCCGGCUUCUUCACCGACUCCCACACCGCCGUGUCAGUCCCCGGCGUGGUGCGCGCCCAGAUGGUCGCAACUGCAGCCGGCGCCGUGGCCGCGCCCGCUGCUCCCGUAGCAGACGUCAUCAACGCCGCCCCCGCCGUCAACCAGCCCAGCCAAGCCCCUGCCGACCUGGGCGGUUGCAGCAUCCUCGGCUUCCAGGUCGCCAGCUCGCCCCUCAAGUACCUAUGCUUCCAGCCCGGUUUCGGCGGCGAUGGGGCCGCACCCCCCGCUGCGCCGGUGGCCGCUAACCCCGUGGCAGCCCCCGCGUCUUCGGCUAGCCCCGUCGCCUCGGCUGUACCUGUCGCCUCUGCCAGCCCUGUCGUCUCCGCCGAUCCUGCUGCUGGUACACCCGCUCCGGUUGAGAGCGCUGCACCCACCGCGACUCCUGUGCCUGUCGAGGCCGCGGAGCCGGCUGCUGACCCCGCAGCCGAGCCUGCUCCGGACGCAGCUGCCCCCGCUGGUGAAGCUGCCCCUGGCCUGGCACCACUCCCUGGAACCGAGGACGCUGGCGCACCGGCUGGUGAGCUGCAGCCGCUCCCCGGAACCAAGAAGAUUUAAGUAUCCGGAAUCAUAGUGUCUUGUCGUUAGAAUUUUCAAUACAAAAGUCCUUGAAAGUCAACAGAUGUUGCCAAAUCGCAGAAAAUUGAUAAGACUUUUGCCGGGUAACUAUCAAUCUGACAUACUAAACAUGUCUGCUAUCGGGAACUACAGGAUGGGCUCACCACUACAAGGUUCUUCUGCUGCUGAGAAGCGAACUCGUGAAUCAGUGCUACUAAAACAGUU